AUGUCCGCCGCACGCUUUGUCCCAGUUGUCAGGUCUCGGGUGGUCACUGCUGCUGCCCCGACUUCCGUGACACUGCGAUCUAUCUCGACGACCGCCAGACUGGAGAAGGGCCCCGUGGAUGUUACCAAGGACACCCUCAAGGCAGCCGACCGGGUUGUCUCCGACGCAGCAGUCAAGGGUAUUGAUCUCGGCAGAGAGGCUAGCGAGAAGGUCAAGAAGACCGUCGGUACCACCAGCGCAGAGGCCGAGUCGAAGGCCCAAGACGUAAAGGGCGAAGCCCAAGAGUAUAUGGGCAAGGGCAAGGGCCAGGCCGAGGAGCUCGCCGGGAAAGUCAAGGGAAAGAUGCACGAGAUGGAGGGCAAGGCCAAGCAGGCUAAGCGGGAGCAUCUGGGUUGA